GUGCCUCCCGUGUCCCGGGGCUGUUCCAGGAGGAGGCGGUGGGAGGCGUCGCGCUCUCGGGCCGGGGCACACGGAAGUGCGGCCCGGGCACGGCACGGCUCCGAGGGCUACCUGACGCGUUACCUGCCGCGUUACCUGCCGGGGGCCAUCCCAGCAGCAGCAGCCGCAGCAGCCGCCGGGGAAACCUCUUAGGUGCCAGCGGCGCCAGACGAGCGGCAGCCCCGUGAGGAGGAGGAGGCGGCGGCGUGGCCGGCUGUGUGGGCACCGCGCUGGCUACUGGCAGCUGCAGCUGCAGCAGCAGCAGGAGGAGGAAGAGGACGAGCAGCAGCAGCAGGAGGAGGAUUAUGAGGAGGUGUGUGGAUAUGAUAAUGGAAGUGGACAAUGAGAGUGCCGCAGGCAACCAGCCACACACAGAGGGUUGGACGGACGGAGACCGAGCCGGUGCCGCCUCCUCCCCAUCGCCCAGCAGCCCCCCGGGCGGCUCGGAUCACAUGAUCCAAGCGAACACCAUCAAGGUGGAGGCGCCAAGCGAUGACGAGGAGCUGGAGCCGGGCGCCGGCGUGGCGGCACUCGGCUCGCGACACGGGGGAGACGCGCGGUGGAGCGGUGCGCGGGAAGCAGCGGGAGGGGAGCACGGAGCCCUCGACGGAAUCGGCGGUGGUGGCGGCGAAACACCGGGGAGCGGCAAGCUGGCGUGCGACAUCUGCGGGCUGGUGUGCGUGGGGCCGAACGUGCUGCUGGUGCACAAGCGCAGCCACACGGGCGAGCGCCCGUUCCAGUGCGUGCAGUGCGGCGCGUCGUUCACGCAGAAGGGGAACCUGCUGCGCCACGUGAAGCUCCACUCGGGGGAGAAGCCGUUCAAGUGCCACAUGUGCAACUACGCGUGCCGCCGUCGCGACGCGCUCGCCGGCCACCUCAAGACUCACGCGAUCGGGAAGCCCCACAAGUGUGCCUACUGCGGGCGCAGCUACAAGCAGCGCAGCUCCCUGGAGGAGCACAAGGAGCGCUGCCACGCGUACCUGCAGCACGCGGCGCUCAACGGCCCGCACGCCGCACCACCAGACGCCGAGAGCCGCCCUGCGCAGGAAGGACGCGGCCGCGGAGCCGAGUCGGUGCAGGAGCCGGAGCAUGGCGGCGCUGCGCCUGCAGACCGCACUCCCGCCUCCAACCUGGGCAAGCGCAAAAGCUUCACGCCGCAGAAAUUCAUCGUCGAAAAGCACUGGCGGUCGAGCGGCGGCCCCGACGUGCGCAUCCCUGCCCCGCAGCCGUUCCCCAAGGAACAGGAGCUGGUGCCGCCGCUGAUCAUGUCCUACCUGGGCGCGAGCGGACUGGCGGGCGACCUGUCGCACGGCCCCUACGCCGGCAUGGUGUGCCAACCGUACGGCCUGCCGUUGCCGCUCCCUCCACGGUCCAACACUCCGAUCAACCGCGGCGGCGCUGUCGACGGACACGGCGGCAUCGCCGAGGGGCUGUGCUUCCAGACAAAAUCUUCGAGCCGCGCGGCGGCGGCGGCCGCGGCCGCCGCUGCGUCGGCAGCCGCCGUCGACGCGUCCUCGCCCGACAACGGCGAAAACAACAACAACAGCGGCGGAGCCUUCAACAACAACAACAACAGCGGGCAGGAGUCGACGGACGAGGACGGCAGCCUGGCAGGCGACAGGAAUGGCGUGCAGGAGAUGAAGGACGAGGAGGAGGGGGCCAAGCAGCAGCGCAGGCCCCAGCGGCGGCGCGACCGCGACGUGUUCCGCGUGUUCCGCCCGGACGGCACGGCGGUGCGCAGCUACCGCUGCACGCACUGCGAGGUGCUGUUCCUCGACCACGUCAUGUACACCAUCCACAUGGGCUGCCACGGCUACCGCGAGCCGCUCGAGUGCAACGUGUGCGGACACCUGAGCCGCGACCGCUACGAGUUCUCGUCGCACAUCGUGCGUGGGGAGCACUCGCGCUCACUCGACUGACGGCGACGAAGACAGCGUGAGGAGGAGGAGGAGGGAGGAGGAGGUCGUUGGUGUUGUUGUCGUCUUUUUCUUUUGGUGAAGGAGUUUGUUCGGGACUGGCAAGAUGAGGUGGCGAGUGGAUGAACCGUGCAGGCCUGUUGGCGAGGAGAAUUUGAGGCAAGAAGUUUCCUUUUUACUGGAAUGAAAAAAAUGUAUCCUGGUCGAUUGUAAAAUUCAGGUAACUGUUUUAUGUUGUUGCAGAUUACUUAAAUCAGCGCAAUGUCUCUGGUGGGUUUUUUACGUUUUAAUCGUUGUUUGGUACUUUCAUAUCGUUGGCCUGAGAGGCUGUUGUCGGGACUGUCCGUGCUCUUGCCUGUGGUGGUGCACAGGCGUCGUAGCUCGUUUUUAGGGCAAAGCGAGUGACCAACUCGGAUGCGCGCGUGCUGACAAUCUCACAAAGCACAAUCCGUUAGCGCCCGUUGCGUUGCACAAUUGCCAUUGGCAAUUGUUGACCAUGAAGGUACGUCGACCAAAACAAAAGUUGAUUAUUCUUUAUUUUAGAAAUGCAUUUUCCAUUUGUAAAAGAAAAUAAUAUAUACUGAUUUGAUUGCUACUGUUCUUGACGUCAAUGUGACGUCGUUCACCACUGUUUUUGUGUUGUGAUAUCGCUUAGGAGUUGCUGAUGCUGCAGGUGAGGAUGCAGUGCGAGCUAAAUGGUAAUGGAUAUUUGAAAAUAUCAUGCCAAAAUGCCUAACGCCUAAAGGAUUGGUUUCACGUUAAAUAAGUUUGUUAGACCGAAUUGGUUACAUUUGACUCAAUCAGCACUACUCAAAAAAUCCUGUAAAUUCUGCUCCUUAAAAUGUUCAAUUUACACUUAUUGGAUCCCUCUUCACAAAAUGGCUCCUUGCAUCCGGACGUAUCUUAGGUGUUAAUGCAAGUCGUAUUUUCCCUCCAAAAGUUGACAAACACGAAACCCUUAUGGUGCUUCUGUGGUAAGCGUAGAAUGAGCUGCAUUAAAAAAAAUGCUGUGAUCACAAUAGUUGCACACAUCCCUUCAGAAUAAUAACUGGUACAGAAGUGUAUUACCUAUCAGUAGGCUUAUAAUUAUCGUUGUUAUUUUCUUCUGUUAAGCUGGGAUAUCAAAUUAUUUUCGAAAUCGAUUACUCUCCCCAUUUUGGCGUAAUUACUUUGGCUCAUGGGGAAAAAAGUAUGCACGUGUGCCUCUGGACGGGAGGUGAUUGGCGGGGCAUGGCGAAGGCCUCAGGGCCAUCAACCGCGUCACGCUGGCCGUGGCUUUUAGAGGGAUUCGUGCCUUUGGAAGGCAGGAUUUCGGGGCUGGUUGAGCUUUGUAAAAGGGCCUCUGUAAUCGACCACAAAAGAGAAGCUGAUUACAAUUUUUUAAAUCGAUGAAUCCGCUCAUCCCAGCUGCAAUUUGUUGCACGCGUUUCCUUCCACAUUCUCCUGCCUGAUUGCGUAGUCGGUGGACUGUACCAGCAUUUGGGCCAAACUUAGAGGGCUUUUCUCAACCAACCCUGACUUUGACCUUGAGGAUGAUCACCUGGUAAUCAAGUACUGUAGUUUUUAGUGCCAGAAUUUUGUCCACCUGUUGAGCACCUUUUAUACUGUGCAGGCCUUCCUCCCUCGGGCCUCCAUUGGCCUCUGUGUAAGAGAGGGCCUCAGACGGACUUUGUGUGGACCAACUCGAGUCACCAUUCCGCUCACCGGCUGGACGGCACGUCAGGCAGAUUUGCUGCCACCAAACAAUAUUUGUCGUCUUCGUACGCACGAUUCCCAAAGUAAUUUGCUUGCGUACGAAGCAACCCAAACGGCUGUUGUGUGCAGCAAAUAGCUUUAAAAAAAUGAAGAUUACGUUUGAUUGAUAUAAUGUAUAUAUUUUCUUUAUCAGUCCUUGACUAGUGGUGUUGCUAAGAAUAAGCAAACUCAGAAAAUGUUUACCGCCCCCAAGUAGCUCAAGGGGAGUCAGGUUAAAAUAGAGGUGCACCAAAUAUCAGUGCCAACUCAGAUCCUUAUCAAAUAAAAUAAUUAAAAUUAUACUAUUAAAAUAAUAGUAAUUAGUUUAUUUCCUUAAUGAUUUCAUCCAACUUGAAAAUAAGUACGUAAUGCCACUUGGCCAUCGUACAGUGUGCGUAGUCAAUGUGACGCACCCAGAAAUGGCUUUGCUGAGUGCCCUAGCACCACGAUCGUCUCUGACCCAGGACUUGAUUCCCACAUCACCAGAACGCCGCAGCGAUAGCACCGGUGGCGAACAGUGCCUUAAAUCCGUGCCGUCGCAACCCGCGAUUAUAUAGUUCGCUCGCACUGUUGGGCUACAACUACUGGCUACAUUCCUAAAGCCCCCUGUACAUCGGCAGUUUCCACAUCGUUAAUUUAUAAUCGCUGUUGCGGUUGUUGUCGAUUGUUAAAAAUAAGGAGAAUAGUUUGUGCAGUUAAAAAGAUUACACCAGAAGUGCUGUUACUAGGCAGUCGUGAUGUACACGAUUGGCUCAGGGUGGUUCAGGAAGUUACCUUUCUAUUCCAGUCGGCCACCAAGCUGGCCACACAGCCAGCAAUGCAGCUCGCUGUCCUGUCAGUCGCACAGCUGCCCACACAGUGGGCCAGUCGGCUGUUUGCCACAUGGGCUACACAGCUGGCUGUCCCAUGGGCCACUCAGCUGGCUGUCCCAUGGGCCACCAGAAGUGCAGAAUGAGUCUGUCUGGGCUCCCUAAACACACAGUGACUCCUCGGGAAGAUACAAGGGUGUCUUGUAAUAUAACUUCGUUAUUUAAAAUUUAAACUAAAGGUGUGAAGUGUACAAACCAUUCCAUUAGGGAACAAAAGUAUAUAAAAUGUAAAAAAAAACUUUUUUUGGACAUUUUUUGGGAUUUAAAUGUGUAAACCGCAUUUCUGGUUGGUGGUUGUUUGUAAACAGCAUUAAUAUAUUUGAUUUGGGAAAGGGGUGUGAAUUAUUUAGAGCGGGUAUGGUUUUGGACCAUUUUAUUUUUAAACGGUUAGCCUUUAAAUAUCUCAUGUUAUGUUUUUUUUUACAUUUUUGUAUACUCGUUGCCUUAUCUCCGCGACAGAAGAAGUAACGCUUUUCACAGAGCGUCAUUACUGGUCGAACGGGUGCCGCAGGUGAAUGUGUGUGCACGAGCGCGCCUCGCGCACAAACACGCAGGCGUCGUCGUUUGAAGGGCUACUAGGUAAUGCACUGUGUACCUUGCGUCAUGAAUACCUCCGAGUUCCUCCACGAAUAACCCACGAUGCCUCAACGAGGAGGAGGAACAUCCACACCUGCUCAGCACACUCAGGGAAGAGCGUGGUUCCGCUGUGACGUCUGCCCCCCUCCCUCCUCCCCGUGGCCUGGGAGAUUGAAGUCUGGCAGGAAACAAACAAAAACAGAAAACACAUAAACCCACGGCUGUUGAAAGCGACUGAAAACCACCGCUCACGUUUUGAGAGCGAGGCGGACAGCUUGCGACUCCGCUUCUCACACGGGGACAGUUAUGUGCGUGUGUGCGUCUCGGCGUUCUGCUGAGAGAUUGAGGCCUUGGUAACGUGAGCGGAGAGAGAGAAGACCGCACCCGUGUUUCACUCUCACAGUGGGUGAAAGGUCUCACUGGCGGAGGUCCCCUCUCGGUGGUGCAGUUUAUCGGGUGAAAUCUUGACUUGAAGCUUUUGUGACUGCAGGAAUUCAUACUCUUUGGGUCUUUCGGUAAAGUCACGUAACGUCACUUCACAUGACUUUACCGAAAGACCACUAGAAUAUUGCUCGGGUUGUUUUUAUAGAUGUGUUGGAAGCACCAAACAUGGGAGUGGGGUUCUCUGAUGUUGGAACUGUUGUCCUUGACCUUUAACAUAUUCACAGGUGACAGAAUAAGAGGUAUAAUCAAAAGAGGCCCAUUUUAUUUAAAGCGCUGUACAUAACACACAUUUUAAUGCAAACACUCAAACCCGGGGGUUUAACACGGAACGCAAAGUUGAUUUAAUAUAUUCACAAAAAAAACUCAAACGUAUAAAAUCAUAUGGACUUAAAAAAAUUGUCCCUGCCUUAUAACAAUUGUGAUUUUGCAAGGAAUGUGGAUUUUAAACAUAUGGCACUUAAUUAAAAUGUUACCAAAAAAUCCCCCGAAACACUUACAAGCACUUACUCCGAGCCUUGGACCCUUUGAGUCGUUGAACCUGCUUAAUGAGUAGCGCUGACAAAAACGGAGGGAAUUUAGUAACCCUCGUUAACCUUUGCAUAUUUACCGGAGACACAAAUUGGUGCCAUCAAACGUGGCUGGGAGCCCACAAUCGCUGGCCCGUCUUGGGUGCCUCUCCGUAUCGGAACCGAUGCCAUGGUCACCGUUCCCCAUGACCUUCACUCCGCGAUUCCUCCUCUCACGUCGAGGGCUCUGUCUACCGGAUUGACAGUUUCGUCUCAUGCCUACCGUGUUCAACCAAAGUUUGUACAAUCUUGCUGAAUUCGAGAGUCGUAUUAACUCUGAUCUAUUCGAUCUUCAGCAAUGCUGUUUGGGCCUUUGAGCCUGUGCACAGCAACCUUGAUCAACAAAAACAGUCGCUCUCAACAAGAAGCAGGUUCCGUCUCGCCGUGUGGCUCACGGCGAUUCACUCUUCUGACAGGGGGGGAAGAGAAACCCACAAAUUUUAUUUUGAAUAAAGUUUUUUAAUCGUAAAUAAAUGCUAAAAUGUGAAAAGAAUUACCGGACUUUGCUUUUGCGACACUUUAAAAGGCGCAGGCCUCCCUGACUUGUCGUGGGGGUGCGCGACGUGGCAGUGCGGACGCGGCGGCGGUGGCGGCGGUGGUGGCGGCAUCGGUGGUAGCGGCAUCGGUGGUGGCGGUGGUGGCGGUGGCGGCGGUGGCGGUGGUGGCGGUGGUGGUGGUGGCGGUGGUGGUGGUGGCGGUGGUGGUGCGCUGCUUCGGAGCCGCGCUGCAGCAGCUCCUCGCGUCCCGACGCCGCCGACUGAAGCGUCGCGUCCCAAACCCAUAGACGCACUCCUUGCCACCGACGCGGUGUUGUUCUUUUUUUGUGGAGUAAAUCAAAUACUGUCGUCACUCAUAAUUUAGUUUGUUUUACUUGCGCAUCCGUGAUGUCAUCACGGUAAAUAAUGUCGAAUCAUUUUUGUUUUAUCCCAAAGCUCCGAGACCAAGCUACAUUUUGUGAAUUCGUCGUUGGCUCCUUUAUCACGCAUUCCGCUGGUCACGACUACCAGCUGAAGGAAGAGAUAUACAACUACAAUCAACACUGGAAUAGAUUGUGGGCACCCUGUGGCUGAUUGACUAUUACACAGUAUAUACUGUAUUAUAUACUUACAUUGCUUAUUUUAAGUAAAUACUGGCCAAAGUCCAAAUAGAGGUGUCUGCUUUUUUUUGUAAUUUAAAGAAAGUUGAUAGUGCAAUAAUUCAUUGAUGAGAGAAUGUGUUACUAACUGUAUACCUUAUAAUAUAAUUGGAGGUUUUUUUGUGGGUUUUAUUCGCUAAGGCUUAAACCUUUUACUUUGUAUUUAAGUGAACAUCGUCCGACUGGGAGACAUCAUCUGUAUAUAUUGGGUAAUCAAGGGAAUUAAGCCAAAGAUUUUUCUCUGGCAAAAACAGGCUCGCAAUAAAAACCACGGUUUUACAAAA